UUUUUGGCCUCUGUGCUCCCGCACUCCGCUCCGCACCGCACCGCACCGCUGCAUUGCCCGGAUUUUGGCCACUUUCGGAGUCGAGUCGCUUCUAUCUCACUUUUUUUCCACCCCACUGCGAAAUUUGGAGUUUGUUAAACUGCGAGUGCACCUAAAGCAACAAGUCGAGGAGGAAACAGGCCUCCGGGAUACUCGGAAAAUCAAGCGCAAGUCAAACCAAGAUCCAGUCAGGAUGUCAGGAUCUGUACGAGUGCAGCAACAGGAGCUGCAGCAGCGGAAUCUGGAGACUCACUUUGAAAGCAGCUACCACCAAAGCUCGCUGUCGUCCUUUAGCCACCAGUCUUAUGCAGCUCACGCGAGCAGCAUGGGGGUGCAAACUUCAAGUAAAAAGCAGGAGAAGAAGCUGACCUCCAUUUCCGGGGUGCAAACUGCCAAGAAGAAGGAGGAGAAGAAAGUGAGCUCUACCACCAGGGUGAAAGUAAGUAAGGGGUCUGCAAGUAAGAAGCAAGAAGAAAAAAAGGCUUUCUACGCCAAGGAGCACAAGUGCGCCUGCCUGGCACUGGACAAAGAGGAGAGCGUCAUUGGAUACGUGGUUCCUGUUUGUAAAAGCAGUUAUUUAGCCACACAGGAUCUGAUGGAGAGCCAAGAGGAAGUGAAGGAGGAAGGUCUGGGCUACGUGGUCAUGAGGAACCUCUUCUCCAGAGACUCUGAGUACCAGCUGAAACUGGUGAAGAAGAGCCGCAGCAUAACCAUGAGGGAGUCUGCAGAAAAACUGGCCCUUACCAAGAAGAUUCAUGAAAAGCACGAGUUCCAGAGGAAGCUGAACACGGACAAUCUGGCUCACCCUCCCGAGUUCAUCGUGAAGCCGCGUGGUCAGACUGUGUGGGAGGGAAAGAGUGUGACUCUACACUGCACUGUGGCGGGCUGGCCAAAACCCCGCGUGGCCUGGUACAAAAAUAAUGUGCUGAUCGAUGCAAAAGCUCACACUGAGAAGUACACUGCAGAAAGCAAUUACAACAUGCACUCUCUGGAGAUUAAAAACUGUGAUUUCAGCGACACGGCCGAAUACCGCAUCUCAGCUCUCAAUGUGAAGGGCGAGAGCUCUGCCUUUGCCUCGGUCAUCAUUAAAAGAUUUAAAGAUGGAAAAGUGACUGAAAGACCCCAUGCUUUCAGUCCUGAGUAUGGCGUCACCUUCAGGACCACCAUUAUCGAUAAGUUCACCGUGGCCUUCGGCCGUGAAGGAGAGACCAUGAGUUUGGGCUGCACUGUCAUCAUCUAUCCCACUGUGAAGCGCUAUCAGCCUGAGGUGCUGUGGUACAGGAAUGGUGUGGUUCUGGAACCAUCCAAAUGGGUGCAGAUGCACUGGAGUGGCCAGCGAGCCACACUCACUCUCAUCCACCUCAACAAAGAGGACGAGGGACUUUACACUCUGCGCAUCAACACCAAGUCAGGCUUCGACUCUCACUCCGCUUUUGUCUUCGUCCGAGAUACUGAUGUGGAGGUUGAAGGGGUCCCUGUUGCCCCUCUGGAUGUGAGGUGUCAUGAUGCGAAUAAGGAUUAUGUGGUGGUGACCUGGAAACAGCCAGCGGUUGAGGGCAGCAGCUCCAUCCUGGGCUACUUUAUUGACAGGUGUGAGGUUGGCACUCAUCACUGGAUCCAGUGUAAUGACACUCCAGUAAAAUAUGCCCGUUUCCCAGUCACCGGGCUCAUAGAGGGGCGCACUUACAUUUUCCGGGUUAGCGCUCUGAACCUGGCCGGGGUGAGUCGCCCUUCUCGUGUCUCUGACCCUGUAGUUGCCAUGGACCCAGCUGACCGGGCCCGUCUCAGAGCUGGUGUUUCUGCUCCAUGGACCGGUAUGAUCAAAUUUACUGAGGAAGAUCCCACAGUUGGUAUAAUCCCUGGGUCUCCUACUGAUCUGGCGGUGACUGAGGCCACUAAGAGCUACGUGGUGCUCAGCUGGAAGCCUCCUGUACAGAGAGGACAUGAAGGAGUUAUGUAUUAUGUGGAGAAGUGUAUGGUUGGCACAGACACCUGGCAGAGGGUGAACACCGGGAUGCCAGCGAAGUCACCUCGCUUUGCCCUUUUUGACUUGGCCGAGGGCAAAUCCUACACCUUCCGCGUGCGUUGCUGCAACUCCGCAGGUGUUAGCGAGCCGUCUGAGGAAACCGGAGCCACGACCGUCGGCGACAGACUGGACCUGCCCUCAGCACCAGGCCAUGUCGUGCCCAUCAGGAACACAGCCUCCUCUGUUGUGGUGACCUGGGGAGCUUCUAAAGAGGUCAAAGAACUUGUGCGCUACUAUGUGGAAGUCAGCGUCGUGGGCAGCAAUGUGUGGGUGCCAUGCAACAACAAGCCGGUCAAAGACACCAGGUUUGUUUGUCACGGGCUGAACACGGGAGACAACUGUGUGUUCAGAGUGAAGGCCGUGAACGCUGCUGGCUAUAGCACUUAUUCCAGCGAGUCUGAAUCCUGCCUUGUAAAAGCAGCCAUUGAGGUACCGUCUCCUCCUUCUGCUCUCACGAUGGUGGAAGGUGUUCGUGACACCAUGGUGUUGAACUGGCAGGCUCCUGCUAAAACCGGAGGAGCCGAUGUCAGGGGCUACUACCUGGACUACAGGACCGUUAAGGGCAGUGUCGUGAGCAAGUGGCACGAGAUCAACACCAAGGCUAUUACUGGAACUAGCUAUAAGGUGGAGAACCUGAAGGAGAACAUAUUGUACCAGUUCCAGGUUCGUGCAGUUAACCAGGCUGGUAUUAGUGAGUCCUGCAUCACCAGUGUUGCCUUUGAGUGUAAGGAGUGGACUGUCGCUUUGCCAGGCCCUCCUCAUGGACUUCACAUGCUGGAGGUGAGAAAGGAUUCACUGGUGCUGCUUUGGGAGCCACCCAAGUUCAACGGACGCAGCCCCAUCACCGGCUACUAUGUGGACAUCAAGGAGGAAGGUGGCAAAUGGAGAGGUGUUCAGGAGAGGUCUACCAAGAAUACAUACCUGCAGAUAUCUGGCCUGAAGGAAGGUGCCUCCUACACACUGCGUGUCCAUGCUAAGAACAUCGCAGGUGUUGGUGGACCCUCCGAAGCUACAGCCCCUGUCAUCGCGCAGACUCGCCCUGGCACUAAAGAGAUUGUGGUCGACGUGGACGACGACGGCGUGAUCUCGCUGAUCUUCGAGUGCUCCGAGAUGACUGAAAGUUCUCAGUUCGUGUGGUCGAGGAACUACGAGGCUUUCACGAAAUCCUCCCGUCUCACCAUCGAAACUGUCAAGGGAAAAUCUCGAGUCAUCUUUAAUGAUCCUUCACUGGAGGACCUGGGCAUCUACUCUUGUGUUGUCACCAACACUGAUGGCGUUUCUGCCAGCUACACACUGACAGAGGAGGGUCUGAGGCGCUUGUUGGACAUCAGCCAUGACCACAAGUUCCCCAUUAUUCCUUUCACAACCGAAAUGUCUGUUGAGCUACAGGAGAAAGGACGUGUGCGUGUCUGGGCACAGGUUGCUAAGUUUACCUCCAAAUGCCAAGUGGAGUAUGUUUUCAAUGAUAACAUCAUUACUCAAGGAAAGAAAUACACCAUGCAUUUUGACACCAAAACCGGCAUCAUCGAGCUGUUCAUGGACUCCUUGGAAAUCACUGAUGAAGGAACCUUCACGUUUAACCUCGUUGAUGGCAAAGCGACCGGACGCACCAGUCUGGUGCUCAUUGGAGCAGAGUUUGCCGAGCUUCAGAAGAAGUCUGAGUUUGAGCGAGCCGAGUGGGUCAGGAGACAAGGCCCUCACUUUGUGGAAUACCUCAGUUACGAGGUCACUCAAGAAUGUAACGUGUACCUGAAAUGCAGGGUAGGAAAUAUCAAACCUGAAACGGGGAUAAGCUGGUAUAAGGACGGAAUUGAGAUUGCAGAGGAUGACGAAGACGCUCAUAAAAUUGGCAUUGCAGGAGGCGUGCUGUCCUUCAACAUUGGCAAGCUCGUUAUAAAGAACGAAAGAGAAGUGAAAAAGAAACCUGCCGCUGAAGGAAGCCCAAAGAAGCCCAAACUCACAAAGAAGGACGCAGGUGUGUAUCAGGUGGAACUGUGGGACGAGAGAGGAAAGGAUAAGACUACGCUGGAUCUGACAGAAGCAGGUUAUAAGGCCGUGUUGAAUGAAAUGUUCAGAGUUAUAGCGCACUCGUCUACCGAAUUGAAGGUUCAAAGCACCGAGCAUGGAAUCAUCCUCUACUCGUCUGUCGUGUAUCACACAGAUGAGCUCCCUGUUGGCUGGUUUCACAAAGAUGGCAAGAUUUCAUACUCAGAGAGAGUGAAAUGUGGAGUCACAGAAGAGCAGCUGUGGCUGAAAAUCAACGAACCCACAGACAAGGACAAGGGCAAGUAUGCCAUCGACAUCUUCGCCGUCGAAGGCAGCGUCAGGAGAGUUCUUGACCUCACCGGCCAAGUAUGGGAGGAAGCCUAUACAGAGUUCCAGAGGCUGAAGGCUGCAGCUAUUGCAGAGAGAAACCGAGCACGUGUGAUUGGAGGCCUGCCAGAUGUGGUCACUAUCCAGGAGGGCAAGUCUUUGAACCUCACCGGCAACGUGUGGGGCGAUCCUCUGCCUGAAGUCAGCUGGCUGAAGAAUGAAAAACAGCUGGUUCCUGACGAUCACAUCACGCUCAAGCUUGAGCACGGCAAGUUUGCCAGCAUCAGCAUCGCAUCAGUCAAUUCGACCGACUCAGGAAAGUACGCCCUGCUGGUGAAGAACAAGUACGGCACAGAGGCUGGCGAGUUCACCGUCAGCGUCUACAUACCAGAGGAUGAAGCUGAGAAGAAAGAGUAGAGAAAUACAGAAGCUGAAGGGAAGAGAGGGGCCGUGAUAUGACCAGUGUGCAUUCUAAAGCAUUUUACUCCAAAGCAUGCACAACUUCAGUAUGUCAUAAGCACACAGACACGGUAAAGCUGCUGGCCAAUUAGUACUCAUAAUAAACAUCUGAUAUAUCAGUCAUAAUAAACAAAUCAAUGGUGCUCAGUGGUAAUUUAAACUAGCACCAGAUCUGAAACACUCAGCACAUUCAGUCAGCUUUAAUAAACCACUUGCUCUGUUUUUCUUAUAAACCCUUUUUAAAAGGUGAACAUGGUUUGAAAUAAAAUGCUUUAAAUGUCACCAUAUUCAUACAUAAAACGAGCACGUGCCUUUACUGUUUUAAAAUGUUACCCGUUUGUAUUAUUAGUGUCUAUGUUAUUUCCUGUUUUAACAAUUGUUACCUACAGGUCAUCCCUCUAUGACUGAGAAAAAUCUUGAGAAACAGCUCAGCUAGAAGACGUAACUCUCUUUGCUUAAAUGUACUCAUUAUAAUAGUACUGAAAAGGAAACUUCUGGAGAUGAUAAAAUAAGCACAUUGUAGUAGAAGUAUAAUGUCUUCUAAGGAGCUCUUUAGCAGGAUUUUAAGUUACACUAGUGUUAUAUGGAUGUGCUUCAGUUCUAUGGCAGUCUAUAUGAAGCAAAAGGCUUUUAAGGUUAUAGGCUGUCUGUUUAUAUCUGUUUGCAGUAUUGAUGGUCUAAUGUCACUCUGGAUAUGUCUUAACGACUGAAAACAAAACAUAGUGUAAUGUGACGACCACAAAUAAAGCCUUGAAACGCAAAAUAAAAAUGUAUUUUAUUGUU